AUGCUUGGGAAUGACAAUCCGAGAAGCAGUGGCCCAUCAGAUGGCUUGCUCAGCAGGCCAACCCCUGGACUCCAGCAUGAUGAUAUGGAAAACCACCAGCAGCAGGCCUGCUGGGAGCGCUUCCUCCAGAAGAAGACUAUCAACGUCUUGCUCGUCGAGAGUGAUGAUUCAACUAGGCAGGUGGUCAGUGCCCUUCUUCGUCACUGCAUGUACCACGUUAUCUCUGCCGAAAAUGGCCAGCAAGCAUGGACUUAUCUUGAAGAUAUGCAAAGCAACAUAGAUAUUGUUUUGACUGAGGUUUUUAUGCCCGGUGUAUCUGGAAUUUCUCUGCUGGGUAGGAUCAUGAGCCACAAUAUUUGCAAAAAUAUUCCAGUGAUUAUGAUGUCUUCGAAUGAUGCUAUGAAUACAGUCUUUAAAUGUUUGUCAAAAGGUGCUGUUGACUUUUUAGUCAAGCCUAUACGUAAGAAUGAACUUAAGAACCUUUGGCAGCAUGUAUGGAGACGGUGUCACAGCUCCAGUGGUAGUGGAAGUGAAAGUGGAAUUCAGACGCAAAAGUGUGACAAAUCAAAAGGUGGAAACAAAUCUGGUAAUAACAGUGGUAGCAAUGACGAUCAUGAUGACGAUGAAGCAGGCAUGGGACUUAAUGCAAGGGAUGACAGUGAUAAUGGCAGUGGCACUCAAGCGCAGAGCUCAUGGACUAAGCGUGCUGUGGAGAUCGACAGUCCACAGGCUAUGUCUCUGGAUCAGUUAGCCGAUCCACCUGAUAGCACUUGUGCUCAAGUAAUCCACCCAAAGUCAGAGAUAUGUAGCAACAGAUGGCUACCAGGUACGAGCAGCAGAAACUGCAAGAAGCAAAAAGGCACUAAUGACGACUUUAAGGGAAAGGACUUGGAGAUAGGUGGCCCUGGAAAUUUAUAUAUGGAUCACCAAUCUUUCCCAAAUGAGAGGCCUAUCAAAGCAACAGAUGGACAUUGUGAGUGCCCACCAGAAAACAAUUCGAAGGAGUCAAUGAUGGAAAAUUUAGAGGAGCCAACUGUUCGAGCUGCUGAUCUAAUUAGUUCAAUGGCCAAAAACAUGGAUACCCAGCAGGCAGCAAGAGCUGCAGAUACUACCCCUAAUCUCUCUUCCAAAGUGCCAGAAGGGAAAGAUAAGAACAACCAUGAUAAUGUUUUGCCAUCGCUUGAGUUAAGUUUGAAGAGGUCGAGAUCAUGUGGAGAUGGUGCCAAUACAGUCCAAGAUGUUGAACAACGGAAUGUAUUAAGACGAUCAAAUCUCUCAGCUUUUACAAGGUACCAUACAUCUGCGGCUUCCAAUCAAGGUGGGACAGGAUUGGUAGGGAGCUGUUCGCCACAUGAUAACAGCUCAGAGGCUAUGAAAACAGAUUCUACUUACAACAUGAAGUCAAAUUCAGAUGCUGCUCCAAUAAAACAAGGCUCCAACGGCAGUAGCAAUAACAAUGACAUGGGUUCCACUACAAAGAAUGUUGUGACAAAGCCCACUACAAUUAAGGACAGGGUGAUGUUGCCCUCAUCAGCUAUUAAUAAGGCUAAUGGACACACAUCAGCAUUUCAUCCUGUGCAGCACUGGACGAUGAUGGUUCCAGCUAAUGCAGUAGGAGGGAAAGCGAAGGCUGAUGAAGUGGCCAACAAUGCAGGUCACCCUGCAGGUGACAUGCAGAGUAACCUGAUGCAACAGUACCCUCGUCCAACCCUUCAUUACGUCCAUUUUGACGGUGCACGGGACAAUGGUGGGUCGGGAGCCCUGCAAUGUGGUUCCUCCAACGUAUUUGAUCCUCCACUUGAAGGUCAAGCUACCAACUAUGGUGUGAACGGGAGCAACUCAAGCAGUAACAAUGGAACCAAGGGGCAGAAUGGAAGUACUACUGCUGGUGGAAGCACGGCUGCUGCAAAUGCAAAUGCAAAUGCUGGACGGACAAACACGGAGACUGCUAAUGGGGCCAUCCACAAAAGUGGACAUGCAGGAGGUGGCAAUGGGAGUGGCAGUGGGAGUGGCAAUGACACAUAUGUCAAACGGCUUGCUGCUGGCAUGACACCACGACAAGCACAACUAAAGAAAUAUAGAGAGAAAAAGAAAGAUCGGAACUUUGGGAAAAAGGUGCGGUACCAGAGCAGGAAGAGGCUGGCUGACCAGCGGCCGCGGGUUCGUGGGCAGUUCGUGAAGCAAGCUAUGCAAGAACAGGGCAGACGGGACGGAGCUGGAGAUAGAUGA